AUGGCUAUUUCCAAGCUGUCCUUGAGCUUAUUCAUGGUCUAUUUUCUAAGCAUUUUCUGCAAAUAUGCGUCUCUUGCAUCCUCCUCAUUCUCCACCGAUACCAUUUGCAACCUCACACCUUAUCCAUCAUUUUGCAAAUCCAUCUCUCCUAAGGGCCAAGGCGACAUACACGAAUAUGGCCGUUUUUUCGUAGGAAAAUCCGUGUCUUUCUCACAAAGCUUUUUCACAUUCAUCUCUAAAUACCUUAACUCAAACUCCACUAUCCUUGCCCUUCAAGAUUGUUACCUUCUGGCUGACCUGAGCCAGAGUUUUUUGUCCAAGACUCUAAAAAGCAUCAAUUCCGCUUACACCCUCGGUACCUCUGAAGCUGAAAAAUUACACACUUUGCUUAGUGCUACACUGACCAACCACGACACGUGCUUAAACAGCCUUCACGAAACCACCUCAAAACCCGAUCAUGACCUACUAACACAUCUUUCCUACGGAACCAAGCUUUAUAGCAUAUCUCUUGCGAUCUUUAAGAGGGGAUGGAGAGCCAAUAAAAAGACAGAGAGAGAGCUUGAAACAAAUUAUCAUAUUGUGUGGGAACAGAAGUUGCACGAGCUUACUAGAAUAAGAGGAAGAAAACUGCUUCAGUUGGGUGCAGAAAACGUCUUAGUGAGUCAAAGCGUGGUGGUGAACCCAGACGGAUCUGGAGACUACACGAAAAUCAAUGAUGCAGUGGCUGCAGCUCCAAAUAACACCGACCUUAGUAACGGGUUUUUCGUGAUUCAUGUGGUGGGUGGAGUGUAUGAAGAGUAUGUUUCUAUUCCCCAAUACAAGCAGUACCUGAUGAUGAUAGGAGAUGGAAUUAACCAGACCAUAAUCACGGGCAAUCGCAGCGUGGCUGAUGGUUGGAGUACGUUCAGUUCUGCUACAUUCGCCGUAUUUGGGCAAGGUUUUGUGGCAAUGAACAUAACUUUUCGCAACACAGCUGGAGCAAUCAAAUACCAAGCAGUAGCCCUCAGGAGCGGGGCAGACAGUUCUGCAUUUUACAAAUGUAGCUUUGAAGGGUACCAAGACACCUUAUACACCCAGUCUCUUAGGCAAUUUUACAGAAACUGUGAUAUUUAUGGUACGGUGGACUUCAUAUUUGGUAAUGCAGCAGUUGUCUUGCAAAACUGUAACAUCUACCUAAGACUACCAAUGCGAAACCAAUUCAAUGCCAUAACUGCACAAGGUAGGGCUGACAGUAACCAAAACACUGGCAUCUCUAUACACAAAUGUAAAAUAACCGCGGCAAGUGACUUGGCCAAUAGUAGUACCACCACAAAAACUUAUUUAGGAAGACCCUGGAGGCUAUAUUCACAAACAGUUUAUAUGCAGUCUUUCAUGGACAGUUUGGUGGAUGCAGAGGGUUGGGUAGCUUGGUCCGGGGACUUUGCUUUGGACACCCUUUAUUAUGCGGAAUUUGAUAAUUAUGGACCUGGAUCUGACACCAGUAAUAGGGUUACUUGGCCUGGGUACCAUGUGAUCAAUGCAACUGAUGCUGUUAAUUUCACUGUUGCUAAUUUUAUACUAGGUGGUCUCUGGCUUCCUGCAACAGGAAUACCUUACUCUUCUGGAUUACUGUGA